AAUUCCAGAAUUAAUAAUGAUAGUGUCCACCGGUGGAGUUCUUGUUCUAACAACCUGUCGAACAUGACGAACAUUUACGUCCACAGCAAUGAGCCGAUUCGUGCCGUGUAUUUAUUAUAUUUUUAAAUAAUUUUUUUUAUUACUUUUACAUUAAAAUUAUUGUUGUUGAAUUGUAAAAUAAUUUUAUAUUUGAGGUUAUAUAUAAAAGUGCUUGUGAAAUAUUUAAAAAGCCAACGCCCCGGACUAUCGCCAAAGUGUCAAUGUCUAUGCACAAAUAUUCAGAGAAAUAAUAAUAUAAUAUGUAGUAUAUAUACUUUUUAAACUUUUACUCUACGGUUUUAUUUAUGUUAUUAAAACGAUAGAGAAGAUAACGAGGUCGCAAGUCUGGCUACGAGUGUAUGAGUGUUAUUGUAUUGUUCAGAUAUUAAUAGGCGUUGGUAUGUGUAGGUCUGUCACUUAACUUGGCUUCCUCUCCCCGCUCUACUCUAUCAUACAAUUACGAUCUACUCUGCUGUGCUGAGUAUCUGCUCUGCUGUAAAGACUGUUGUCUUACCUGGAUUUUUAACCGAUUCGCGGCCACGAUGUCAUCUACUAUUGAUACCAGGUCGAUUGGUCACGUAAAGUCUACCAUCAUAACGUGGAUAUUCGUAUAAUAGUUGUGAUAUUUUAUUUUAUACGACAACUAACACACUGUUAUUGAUAUUGGCUUUCAUUUGUGAAACAUAAAUUUAUGAAUUUUUAAAUUAAAUAAAAAUAUUUAUAAACUUUUUUUACUAAAUUUAUUAAGGAGCUGUAAAAAUGUUUACGAGAAAGAAAAAGAAGCCACAAAUAUCAACACCAACAAAUUUUGAGCAUCGAGUACAUACUGGUUUUGAUAAACGUGAAGGAAAGUUUGUUGGUUUACCAUUACAGUGGGCGUCAAUUGUUGGUAAUAAUCAGAUAUUAAAGUCGACAAAUCGACCAUUGCCACUAGUUGAUCCUAGUGAAAUAACACCCACAGAAAUAUUAGAUUUGAAGACAAUUGUACGUGGACACAAUGAUCCGCGUAUUAGCAAAAAUAAUGGCCAGAGUAAUGGUAAUAACAAUGAAAAUAAUAGUAAAUUUGAGAAUGGUGGAUUACCGAAAAUGAGUACUGUUGCAAGAUCUAAUUCGUUGAGAUCUUCAAGUCCACCAAGAUUGAGGCGAGAUUUUCGCAAUAAUGCUAAUUUACCGCCGUCUGUACCGGAAGGACAAGAAGUAUCAUCAAGUCCAAGUCAAAUGGUGCCUACAUAUACGAUGUAUGGAAAACCUUAUGGUUAUCCUGACAAAAUGAGGCAGCAAAAUUCAUCGAGUGUUGGUAAUAUGGUUGGAAGUGGACCUAUUUCUGGUCCUGGUUCUGGACCUCCUGGACCCGUUAAUUCAAGUUUACAAAAUAUACAAAAUAUGAAUCCGAACUUGCAAUCAUCACCGAAUUUAACGAAUGCAAUAAACAAUGCUCCGAAUUUGUCGAUGAAUUUCCAAAAUUUAAGCCCUAUACCAAGUCAUCAAGACGGAUCUAAUGUUAAUAAUUCAAUUAGUAGUCCAAUAAAUGAACAUGAUUAUCAAAGAAUGAAUGCACCAUCAACAAUGUCAGGACAGAACCCUGAAAAUAUCCGGACAAUGACAGAGGCUGCUAGAGAUCACGCAAUACCUGCAAAUAUGAUGAUACAUAAAUUACAGCCAAAGAUAUCACCAGUUGGUUCAAUAGCAUCUCAACGACCCCUCAGUCAAUUGAGUACUCAUAAUAUCAUAAAACAUCCACAUAAUUAUCUUAUGCCUGAAAACUCAUCGUCACUACAUGGACAUUUUAAUAAGCCACCAGAAAGUUCACAGUCGAUGCAUAAUUUGUCAAAACUGGCGGGACAUCCGACAGUAUCAGCUAUGCCCAGUUCAAGUGCCACUAGCUCAGUACCAGAUCAAAGUCAAAGUAUUAAGGGCGCAAUGUCAUCGGCUAGUCUUAAUCCAGGCUCUGGAAAUUUAUCUGUUAGUAAUAAUAACAAUAAUAAUAACAACACCAGCAACAAUAACAAUAAUAAUAUGAAUAAUAAUAAACAAAAUGCUGAUCAGAGAUUAACGCAUGAACAAUUUAGAAAAGCACUGCAAAUGGUAGUCAGUAGUGCAGAUCCACGUGAUAAUUUAGACAAUUUUGUAAAGAUUGGUGAAGGCAGUACUGGUACUGUUUGCAUAGCUACGGAUAAAGAGAGAAAACGUCAAGUCGCUGUUAAAAAAAUGGACUUAAGAAAACAACAGCGACGUGAAUUACUCUUCAAUGAAGUUGUCAUAAUGCGAGAUUAUCAUCAUGUAAAUAUUGUUGAAAUGUAUGACAGUUUUUUGGUUGACGAUGAACUGUGGGUCGUAAUGGAGUAUCUUGAAGGCGGAGCGUUGACAGAUAUUGUUACGCAUUCACGUAUGAAUGAAGAACAAAUCGCAACUGUUUGUAUUCAAUGUUUGAGACCGCUAUACUAUCUUCACUCUCAAGGUGUAAUUCAUAGAGAUAUUAAAUCAGAUUCAAUUCUUCUUACUGCUGAUGGCAGAGUUAAACUUUCUGACUUUGGAUUCUGCGCUCAGGUAUCACAAGAAUUGCCAAAGAGAAAGUCACUUGUAGGCACACCUUACUGGAUGAGCCCUGAAGUUAUUUCAAGGUUACCGUAUGGACCUGAAGUUGAUAUUUGGUCAUUGGGAAUUAUGAUUAUUGAAAUGGUUGACGGUGAACCUCCGUUCUUUAACGAACCGCCACUCCAGGCGAUGAGAAGAAUCCGGGAUAUGUUACCGCCUAAGCUGAAAAACUCACACAAGGUGAGCCCGCGGCUACAGGGCUUCUUGGAAAGAAUGUUGGUUCGUGAUCCAGCGCAGAGAGCCACUGCUGAAGAAUUAUUGCAACAUCCGUUCCUAAGACAAGCAGGAAGUCCUAGUGUCUUGAUACCACUGAUGCGUAGUGCAAGACAUACCAAUUGUUGACCUGAAAAAUUUUUAUUCAAAUAAAACUAAUUAUUUGAUUAUACAAUUUUUUCAUAUAGAAAAUUGUUAAAUUGAGAUUUUUAUAAUUAUUAGGAGUAAUUAAACAAUUAUUUAGGUAAAGUGACUGGAAAUUUUACAUUCCAAUUUUUCAUAUCAUUUUUUUUUGACUAAAAUUUUUAAAAAUCAUGAAAAAAGGCUAUUUAAUUUUGUAAAGAAUGUGGUAGCUAUGCUUUGUUAUAUAUAGUAUAUAUAUAUAUAUAUAUUUUUUUUUUUUUUUUUAUUAUAAAGAGAUAAAAAGUAACGUAGUAUUUACACAUGAGUGCCUUCAAACAAUAUAGAGUAACGUACCAUAUAAUUUUUAUUACGAGUGCAGCUAAAUUUCUAGAAUUUCUUUUAUAUAAAUAUAGAUGAAAGAAGAAUUUUUAAAUAAAAAUAAGUUUUGCACUCAUUAUGCCACUGAAGUAUAUUACAUCUAUGAUAAUUAUGUUAGUUAUGAAUUAAUUAACUAAGAAAAAUAUUUUUGGCCUUCUGUAAUAUUAAGACUGAACAAUUUUUCGCAUCGAUCAAAAUUAAUUAAUAAAUUUUUUAGUAAUUUAUAAAUAUAAUAUAUAGUUUUUUUUUAUACAAUGGCUACAUUAAUGUAUACGUCUCAAAUGGAUUUCUUAAAUUAGAAGAGAAGACAUUUUUUUAAAUAAAAUAUCAAAAGUAAAAUAAUGAAAAUUUUUAUCAAUAUUUGAAUAAUUGAAUUUUAAUUAUUUAUUAAUUUAGAUUAUAUAAAUUUUAAACUCAUUGCAGUUAAAAAUGCUGCAUUUAAUCAAAACUAUAAAUGGAAGACAUUAUAUUGAUAUUAAUUUAUAAAUACUUUGAUAGCUUUACCGAAGAAUUAUUGUUGAAGUAUGUUCCACAUUGAUAGUUUCGUAAAUGAGGCUUGCCUACUUAUUAUGUAUAACUUUUAACAAUAUAUGUGUCAUUUCUUCCGUGCUUAGUGAUUAGUAAUUAUAAUUAUUUUGUAAAUAAAUAAUGACAAGUAACAAUUUA